AUGACUAUUGACCCCACCAUCACUAACGGCUGUCAGGAGACCCAAGAAUCGGUCCCUUCACUUCCCUUAUUCCUUGAGGCAAGGAAAGUCGCCCAGAGCAAUGCGGGGAAAGUUGCUGUGAUAGAUGCGACCAAGGGCGAAAGCUUCACUUAUGGCCAGCUUCUAGCAGAUACAGCAGUAUUAAAGAAGACCAUACUGGAGCGUUUGCAUCUGAGGAACACCGGAGACCUCGAAGAAGCGCGCAUUGCUUUUUUGACUCCCAAUGGAUACGAUUAUGUUGUUACUCAGUGGGCCAUAUGGGCUGCUGGAGGCGUCUGCGUACCUCUAUGUACAACCCACCCAGUCAAGGAGCUGGUAUACACAAUAGAGGACUCGGAUCCAUCUUUGAUUAUUCUGCAUCCCUCUUUUGAGAAGUCUGAGGUGCCGCUCCGCAAGGAGAUCGCCAAUGAUAUACCAUUCAUGCGUCUUGAGCCUUUUCAUUCGAGCGCGAUUACUUCAUCACUGUCACUGCCGAAGCUCAGUUCGAAGUCCUUCCUUGAUCGAAGAGCACUGAUGAUCUACACGUCGGGGACAACCUCUAGCCCCAAAGGCUGUGUCACAACCCACAAAAACAUAACUUUUCAGGCUAGCUGCCUCGUCCAGGCUUGGAAAUAUAGCCCAUCAGACCAUCUUAUUCACGUCUUACCGCUCCAUCACGUUCACGGAAUCAUCAAUGGCCUCACGGCCACUUUUCUCAGCGGAGCCACAGUAGAGAUGCACCCCAAGUUCGAUCCACUGUCUAUCUGGAGCCGGUGGCAAGAUCACGGCACCUCAACAAUGUUCAUGGCCGUCCCAACAAUCUAUUCGCGCCUGAACGACUUUUUUGAAACCAAAAUCCGCGGCACAGAAAAGGAAGCCGCGGCGCGGGCUGGCGCAAACGCACUUCGCCUUGUGGUGAGCGGCUCCGCGGCCCUCCCCACCCCGAUCAAGGCCAAGUUCGCAGCCAUCACAGGCCAGACACUUCUGGAGCGAUACGGUAUGACCGAGAUUGGCAUGGCUCUCAGCUGCGGGCUGGAUCUUGAGAAGCGAAUCGACGGAAGCGUCGGAUGGCCCUUACCGGGUGUGCAGGUACGGCUUACCGACAAAGAAACGGGAAAAGUCAUCGAUGGCACCGACGAAGAUGGCAUCAUUGAGAUUAAGGGCGACAAUGUUUUCCUUGAAUACUGGAGGCGCCCUGAAGCCACAGCCAAGGAGUUCACGGCCGACGGCUGGUUUCGGACCGGCGACGUUGCCCGACGCGAUGACGCGGGUGCGUACUUUAUCCAAGGCCGCGCAUCGGUUGAUUUGAUCAAGUCUGGCGGAUACAAGAUCUCUGCGCUGGAGGUGGAACGGAAAAUGCUCGGCUUGGAUGCGAUCCAAGAAGUAGCCGUCGUGGGGUUGGCGGAUGAGGAAUGGGGCCAGCGUGUGGCUGCCGUGGUCAAGCAGAGGCCCGGGACUGAACCGCUAGAACUGCAAAGUCUUCGGGCUGAACUGAAGCUGGAGAUGGCACCGUAUAAGAUCCCGUCAGUGCUGAAAAUUGUGGAUGAUAUCGAACGGAACGCCAUGGGCAAAGUGAACAAGAAGAUUAUCAUCCAGAAAUAUUGGCCGGACAAGACGACUUAA